UCCCCAGAAAAGAAAAGUCCGCUCCGGCUCCAGAAAAGCAGCGGCUGGCGCGUGGCAUGGGCUGCCUCGUGACCUAGUGUCCCGCCGCGAGAAGUGCCUGGCCGCUCCAGCUCCCGCACAGGGGGGCGGGUGCGGGCGCCCGAGCGCAGCCGACGAGCCCCGGAAACCGCCGAAGCGCCGGGCACACCCAGAGCGGGCCCGCGGCCUGAGCGCCCGCGCGGUUCGCGACCAUGAACCGGGAGGGUAUCUGCAGCGCCCUGCCUACCAUUCCCUGCCACAAGCUCGCCGACCUGCGCUACCUGAGCCGCGGCGCCUCAGGCACCGUGUCGUCCGCCCGCCACGCAGACUGGCGCGUUCAGGUGGCCGUGAAGCAGCUGCACAUCCACACCCCGCUGCUCGACAGUGAAAGAAAUGAUGUUUUAAGAGAAGCUGAAAUUUUACACAAAGCUAGAUUUAGUUACAUUCUUCCAAUUUUGGGAAUUUGCAAUGAGCCUGAAUUUUUGGGAAUAGUAACGGAAUAUAUGCCAAAUGGAUCAUUAAAUGAACUCCUCCAUAGGAAAACGGAAUAUCCUGAUGUUGCUUGGCCACUGAGAUUUCGCAUCCUGCAUGAAAUUGCACUGGGUGUAAACUACUUGCACAAUAUGAAUCCUCCUCUACUUCAUCAUGACUUAAAGACUCAAAAUAUCUUAUUGGAUAAUGAAUUUCAUGUUAAGAUUGCAGAUUUUGGUUUAUCAAAAUGGCGUAUGAUGUCCCUCUCACAAUCACGGACUAGUAAAUCUUCACCAGAAGGAGGGACAAUUAUCUAUAUGCCACCUGAGAACUAUGAACCUGGACAAAAAUCAAGAGCCAGCAUCAAGCAUGAUAUCUAUAGCUUUGCAGUGAUCAUGUGGGAAGUCUUAUCCAGAAAACAGCCUUUUGAAGAAGUCACCAAUCCUUUGCAGAUCAUGUAUAGUGUAUCACAAGGACAUCGACCUAACACUAAUGAAGAAAGUUUGCCACUUGAUAUACCUCAUCGAACACUUAUGAUCUCUCUAAUAGAAAGUGGAUGGGCACAAAAUCCAGAUGAAAGACCAUCUUUCUUAAAAUGUUUAAUAGAACUUGAACCAGUUCUGAGGACAUUUGAAGAGAUAGCUUUUCUUGAAGCUGUUAUUCAACUAAAGAAAACAAAGAGUACUUUGAGCACUAUUCACUUAUGUGACAAGAAGAAAAUGGACUCAUCUCUGAACACACCUAUAACUCAUGGACCACAGGAGGAAUCAUGUGGAUCCUCUCAGCUCCAUGAAAGUAGUGAUUCUGCUAUAGCCUCAAAGUCCCUGACAGCUCCUCAAGAAAAUGAUUUUUUAUCUAGAAAAACACAAGACUUUUCUACACUGUGUCACUAUCCAGUAAAUCACAGUUGCAAUAGUAACAUUUCUGCAGUUCAGAAGAGGACAUUUUGUGAUCACAAGACCACCCCAGGCUCUUCAGCAGUGAUAACUCCACUCUCAGCUGAGGGAAAUUCAGAGCGAUUACAGCCUGGCAUAGCCCAACAGUGGAUCCAGAGUAAAAGGGAAGACAUUGUGAGCCAAAUGACAGAAGCCUGCCUUAACCAGUCACUAGACGCUCUUCUGUCUAGGGACUUGCUCAUGAAGGAGGACUAUGAACUCAUUAGUACCAAACCUACAAGGACUUCAAAAGUCAGACAGUUACUGGACACCACUGACAUCCAAGGAGAAGAAUUUGCCAAAGUUAUAGUACAAAAGUUGAAAGAUAACAAACAAAUGGGUCUUCAACCUUACCCGGAAAUACUUGUGGUUUCUCGAUCACAAUCUUUAUAUUUAUUUCAAAAUAAAAGCUCAUAAGUGACUCUUUUUCAAGAAGAAAAAUCAUUCUAUUAAAGGGUAUUUUUUAUUUCUGUUGCCUUUAUCAUAUUUUUAUAAAAUCUACAUGAGUAUUAGAAGUUUUAAUGAAGUUUCUUCUUCAGGUAAAUAUUACUCUUCUUCCAUGACAUUAUAGUAUUUUUUUUAAUUAAUAUAUUGGAAAGUCUGCAUUUUGCUAUAAGAGUUCAAUUGUUUAUCUCUGGUUAAUUGAUAUUAUUUUUUAACUGUUGUAAUAAUUAUAUUCUUGUAUAUAACAAUGACUUAAGGUGUCAUGCAUUUCUCAUGGAAGCCAUUUUCAUAUUCACUUUCUUAUGAGUUAUUUAUUACUUGUCUAAGAUGCAGUUGGGCUUUUGGAAUGUAGCCUUUAUAUUUAAAUUAGAGCUAGUACAGCAUUUCUAACCUAUACUGCUAGUUCAGAUCCUCUCCAAAAGGUUGUUCAUUAAACUUUAUUAUCCAGAUUACAUUUUUAAAUCUUAUUCACUGAAUUCUUCUUUAAAAAAAAUGUUUUGAGAGUAAAAUGAUGCAAAGUAUAUGAAGAAAAAAUUAAUCUUUCAAUAUAUGUUUCUACCUCAUUUCUUACCUCAACUAGCAACCACAGUAACCAAAAGUUAACAGCACAAUGUUUAUCUUUCUAUAUCCUUCUUCCUACUCAUAUGUAUACACUCAUGUGGGAGAAGGUCUUUCAUUAAUAUUAUUAUAAUACAUCAUACUACAACCUAAUUUUUGCACUCAGUAUUACAUCAUGUGCAGCCUUCCAGAUCAUGUAGAAAUCUAACUCACUCUUUUUAAUUGCCGCAUAAUAUCAAGGCUGCUUUUUUAAUUUUUUUAAUUUGUUCACCAAGUUUAGCCAAAGCAAAAUAGCAUGAGUUAUUUUUUGCUUAACAGCUUAUGUCACUAAAUGAAAACUUACAAGGCAUAAUUCCUCUUCUGAAAAUGUUUAUUAGUAAUGUCAGCAGUAAGUGUGAUGCAGGAUAAAUUCUAAACAAACUUUCAAGAAGCACCAGAUGCAUAGUAUGAAAAAAGGAGAUUGGAGCAAUUAAAUAUUUUAUUAAAAUUAUAAAAUAAGUAUUUUAAUCUUCACUUGGAGCUUGACAGUAACCUUUGGAACCUCAUUACCAUGUCUCUGAGAAAUAAUGGAAAUUAGUAGGGAAAAAUGGAAACCAAUUAAAUAUAUGAGUUAUCUAUUAUAUCUCUUAUUUUUAAAGUGUUAGAAUAAAGAUUUAAUUUGGGAAAUAAGUUGAGAAGUUGGGUUUGUUUUUAGGUAGUACAUAGACACAGCACUAAGUAACAUUUAAGUCAAAUACUCAGGAAGUUCUUUUCAGUUCUUCCUUGAACCUUCUAAUUAAGUAAAGGAGAAUGUCACAGUUGUGCUGUCAUCUUUUAAUCCCUCUUAUUAAGAAAAAGAAUAGGCUUCAGAACUUCAGAAACAAUAUUUAGCAAGAAUUUUUUUGUUUUUUAAAUUGCAUUUUAUUUGAAAAUAGCCUACAUAUGACAAGUGGCACUAAUCUUAUAUUUAUAAUGUUUUAUUUUAUAAUAUUCAAAUAAAAAGACAAUCAGAAAUACUAAAUUGUAAUAUAGGUAGUACAUGAGUGUGACAGCAAUCAUAGAAGUAGUAGAAGGAUGACAUUAAGAUUGUCACUCAAGGAAGAAACCUAAUAACCUAUAGUUAUUGGGGUUUUUUUAACUAGAUAGUACUGGAUAAUCUGAAAAUGGCGUUCUUUGCAGUGUUUUUUUUUUUUUUUUUUUUAAUUCAACAAAGUUUAAUUCAUAGGAAUUUACAGGGUUCAAAAUAAACACAAAAAAAAAACAGUCAUGUUUCUGUAUACCAGCAGUGGACAAUCUGAAAAGGAAAUUAACACAAUGGUUUAAUUUACAGUAGGAUCCAAAAGAAUGAAAUACAUAGAAUCUUACCCAUAAGUGUAGGCCAGAGAGCAGCUGCAUUAGCAUCACCUGGAGCUUGUGAGAAAUGCAGAUUCAUGGCCCCUAUCGCAAACCUGAAUCAAAGGGAGUAAGGUUCAGAAAUCUGUUUUAACACACCAUCCAGGCCAUUAUAUAUGCUAAAGUUUGAGACUCUUUGUGUUAAAGAGUUAAAGUUAAUGCAAUAGAAUUAUGCAUAAAAUAAUUUCCCUCUAGGUUCACACUGUUUUCCUUAUGUCCAUUUGCUACAUUUGUCUUCAGGAUGUAUAGUUCAGAAUUGAGGUUUGAUUAGGAAAUUUAACUUUUCUUUCUUUUGUACUUACUUGAGUUUCCAAAACAAUUAUGAACAUGUUUUACAAUUUGGAAAGAUUAUUUAGGCAUGAUAAUCAGGAUCAGUAGAUUGAAUCUACCACGCAGCAUUUUAAAGAAGUACUUAAGAAAGGGACAAACACUCGAAUUAUGACAGCAGAAGAGCAGAGCUGAUGUGGGACAAGACAAAAAGUAAGACUAAAUUUGCUGAAAGUUACACUGAAGAAAUAGGCAUCACUAUGAAAGACUGGGGAGUUGACAGUGGCAGUAUCCAGCAGUAGGAGCUGGUUUUUAUCUUUUUCAUCUGUCAUUAAUCCUCCGCUCACCCUCCCCUACCCUAAAUACUUAAUUUCCUAAUUUGUGAAGAAAAAUUAUGAUCAAUUAAAGUAACAGGAGAAUCAGUAAUCUUUCGCGUUAAGCCAUCCUCACAAACAUGUCAUUGGUUUUAGAAAUGUUUCUUCUCUAUAGUCUCAAUUCCAUUUCUCAGAGCCCAGUUACCAAUCUCCUCUUUUCUACUCCUUCCCUAGACCCUUUUUAUUUUUCCCCAAUUGCAAACACCCAGAUUUCUUUUAAAAACAAAAAUUCCUUUGCUUGACUUGUCUGUCCCUUCUUAUCCUUUUCCUCAAAAAUUGUGCUGCCUUUACUCUUGUUACCAAUUUCAUUCUUAAUCUUUUAAAAAUUUUAAAGGGACAAUUGGGUGACUCAGUCGGUUAAGCAUCCGACUCUUGAUUUCUUCUCAGGUCAUGACCUCAUGAUCUUGGAAUUGAAUUGAGCUCUUCAUCAAGCUUGGUGGGGAGUCUACUUGAGGAAUCUCUCUUUCCCUCUCCCUCUGCCCCCACCCUCCCUAAAAUAAAUAAGUAAAUUUUUAGAUACAGAAAGCACAAUCAGGGGAGAAGCAGAGGGAGAAAGUGCCCAAGCAGACUCUCUGCCAAGCUCAGAGUCUAAUGCAGGACUCGAUUCCAGGACCCUGAGAUCAUCACCUGGGCCAAAAUCGAGAUUUGGUUGCUUAACCAACUGAACCACCCAGGUGUCCCUAAUCUUUAAAAUGUUUUUUAAGGUUUUAUUUUUAUUUUUGCAAGAGAGAAAGAGAGCAUGUGUGCACAUGAGCUGGGGAGAGGGACAGACUGCCCACGGAGCAGGGAGCCGCAUGCAAGACCAUCCCAGGACUCUGGGAUCGCGACCUGAGCCGAAGGCAGACACUCAACCAACGGAACCACCCAGGCAACCCCCCUUUUAAAAUUUGAUGUCACAGAAUUAAUGAAUCUCUGAUCUCUAAGUUGCAAGGAGUAAUUAUGCAUGGUUAUGCCUCAAACUCCUUAAAGACAUUAGAUAGACAAGUAUCUCAUGAUCAAAAACUUCUCUUGAUAUUAGAGGAGCCUCUUACCUAUUCAGGCAGUGUUCUUCAUGUCUAGACAAUUCUGCCAGGUUUUCCUACGUUGCUUUAAAAAUCUAUUUCCCUAUUGUAUGUAUCUAUUGGUCCUUGUUCCAAACAUUGGGAUAGUCUGUAAAGUACAUCUAUUCCCUCCCUCACAAGACAACGCUUCUAUUCCUGAUGGCAUUUUUUUUUCUUUUUUUUUGUUUACUUUGAAAUAAUCCCUUCUUCCCUCAAUUGCUAUUUAUAGGUUUGGUCUGUAUUUCUUUCAAAGUAUGGUACCCAUAACUGCAUGUUAUACUUCUAAUCCAUUUAGGUCUUAUCAGCACAAUUGGGAUACUUCCUCCCUUGUAAGUAAUAUAUUAAAGGCCUAUUUUUUUAACAA